AUGUCAUCUGAUCACUCAACUUCAUGUGCACAAACAGGAAACAUUGUCGAUUCACAAAAAUAUUCAGGAAUUAUGCGGAAGAAAGUUCAUGUAGCCGAUCUAAGUGAGAAGUACGGACCUGGACAACGUGGGAUUGUUGCAGAUGAGAAGAUCAAUAAAGGUGAUCUGAUUCUUGAAAAUGAUCCAGCUACUUCAAUGUUUUAUCCAUUUGAUGAUAAACGUUGCAGUUAUACACUGGAAGAAUUCUAUCGAUUGGUUAAUGAGCACCAAGAUCCUGAUAUCAAGAACUAUCUGAUGAGAUAUUCGCUACAAUACAAUGACAAAAAUGUCUUUGUACCUCGCAAUUAUCUAACACGUGAUACACUGGAUUUGACUGCACUCUUGAAUCAUUCUUGUGAUGCAAACUGUGUUUCGACAUAUACCGAUCACGUUAUUGCUCUGAAAGAUAUAGAACCAGGCACUGUACUCACAGUCGACUACGGUAUUGGUAUUACAGACGAUCUACCAUUGAUACCUAUCACCGAAUGUCACUGUGGAGCAUCGUCAUGUACAGGAACUGACGUAUUUCAACGUUACAAACAGCCGGAUUGGCAACAAAAGUACUAUGAUUAUUGCUUUCCUUAUGUCAAGGCAAAAAUCGAUGAGAUUCGCAAACAAGAAAACAAAAAAUAA